UGAAAGGCAAAAUCAAUCACAAGAAGAGCGAGAAAUUCAAAACCAAAAUCAAAGGGAACGUAUGGCCAGAUCACGUUCAGGCCAUUCACCUGAAGAACGUAUACAACGUAAUGAGCACGAUAGAUUAAGAAUGCAAGCGCAUCGUGCAGCAAGAAAUGUUAAUGAAAAUGCACAAAGACGACAACAAGCAGCACGAAUCAAUGUUAAUAUUGAUUUGAACGGUGCUGGAUUUCAAUAUAACAAUGCCAUUGAUUAUAGUUUGCAUAAAUUUGUGGUUAUUGGCGCAAUGGACAAAAUAUGUCAGUAUUGUAAUGCAGUGAAAUUUAAAACUGAACCUCCUGGAAUGUGUUGUACUUCUGGGAAAGUACGACUACCAGAAUUACAAUAUCCACCAGAACCAUUAGCUUCACUGCUUUCUGGCUCAACACCUCAAUCAAAUCAUUUUUUGGAUCACAUUCAAAUGUACAAUUCAUGUUUUCAAAUGACGUCUUUUGGUGCGACGAAUAUAAUAAGAGAUAAUUUUAUGCCGACCUUCAAGAUACAAGGGCAAAUUUACCACAAAAUCGGUUCCUUGCUGCCAUUCCCAGAUGCUAACUAUAAAUUUUUGCAAAUUUAUUUCCUUGGCAAUAAUCAAAAUGAAGUCGAUACACGUUGUGCAUUUUUUAAAAGUGUCAGAAGAUUGAUAAUUGAAGAAUUGCAAGCAAUAUUUCAUGAACAUAACGAAUUGGUUACUACGUUUAAGACAGCACUUGAUCAAAUGCAAUCUGAUGAUCAUAAAAUUGUGAUUAGAGCUGACAGAAGACCGAUCGGUGAACACGAACGAAGAUUUAAUGCACCGCUUAAUAAUGAAAUUGCUAUUGUGAUUGUUGGUGAAGAAUUUCAAUCACGUGAUAUUGUAUUGCGCCGAAGAAAUAAUCAAUUACAACGUGUAUGCGAAACGCAUCGCUGUUAUGACGCACUACAAUAUCCAAUUUUAUUUUGUCGAGGCGAAGAUGGAUACUCUGUCAAUAUAAAAAUGGUUGAUCCAGCAAAUCCACAACGUGAAGUAAAUAAAAACGUAAGCGCCAUGAACUAUUAUGCAUAUAGAAUUAUGAUACGACAAAACCAGGAAAAUCAUAUUUUGAAAGCCCGAAAACUAUUUCAUCAAUAUAUCGUAGAUAUGUAUGCAAAGAUAGAAACAGAACGUUUGAAUUUCAUUCGAUUUAAUCAAAGGAAGUUGCGCUCAGAAGAGUAUAUCCAUCUCAGAGAUGCGAUCAAUAAUGACAGAAAUGUAAACAAUAUUGGACAAAUGGUAAUUUUACCAUCGACCUACACAGGGAGCCCCCGUCAUAUGCAUGAGUACGCACAAGAUGCCAUAUGUUAUGUUCGUUGUUAUGGUCGGCCUGAUUUAUUUAUAACAUUCACGUGCAAUCCAAAAUGGGAAGAAAUUAAGAAAUAUUUGUAUCCCGGACAAUCUUCUACUGAUCGCCAUGAUAUCACUGCAAGAAUAUUUCGACAAAAACUCAAGUCACUUAUGGAUUUUAUUGUCAAAUAUAAAGUUUACGGAGAAGUUAGAUGCUCGAUGUACUCUGUCGAGUGGCAAAAGAGAGGUUUGCCACACGCGCAUAUUUUAAUAUGGUUAGUGGACAAAAUUACAACCGAUCAAAUAGAUGAUGUAAUCUCAGCUGAGAUUCCGGAUCAGACAAUUGAUCCAGAUUUAUUUGAUGUUGUCACUAAAAAUAUGAUACAUGGCCCGUGUGGUGUGAUAAAUGUCAAUUCACCAUGUAUGCAAGAUGGCAAAUGUACGAAACGAUACCCUAGAGCACUCAUUUCUGAAACAAUUACUGGAAAUGAUGGAUACCCUCUAUAUCGUCCACGUUCAACACAGGAUAACGGCAAAUCAAUAACUUUACAAGUGAAUCGUCAAGAUUUUGAAAUUGAUAAUAGAUGGGUAGUUCCCUAUUCGCCAUUGCUAUCGAAAGCGUACAAAGCUCAUAUCAAUGUAGAAUAUUGUAAUUCGGUCAAAUCGAUUAAAUACAUUUGCAAGUAUAUUAACAAAGGCAGUGACAUGGCUGUUUUCGGAGUUGCAGAGAACCGAAAUGAUGAAAUAACUCAAUACCAAAUGGGCAGUCCAGCUGUUAUUCAUUUAGCAGUUCAUUUGGAAAAUGGACAGCGUGUGUAUUUUACUGUUGAUAAUGCUCAGGCAAUUGUAGAGCGACCGCCAUCAACCACAUUAAUUUCUUUUUUUAAAUUAUGUGAAAGAGAUCAAUUUGCUAAAACACUGCUUUAUUCACAAGUACCAACAUAUUACACAUGGAAUGUAAGUUCAAAGACAUGGGAAAGACGUAAAAGAGGAAAACCUGUUGAUGGUUAUCCUGGUGUUUUUGAAAGUGACGCCAUAGGACGACUUUAUACAGUGCAUCCUAGCCAGGCUGAAUGUUUUUAUUUGCGUCUUUUAUUAAUUAAUGUUCGUGGACCAACGUCUUUUUUGAAUUUGAAAAGAGUUAAUGGGCGCCUCUGUCAAACUUACUGGCGAGCAUGUGAAGAAUUGCAUCUACUUGAAGAUGAUAAUCAUUGGGAUGCAACAUUUGCACAUGCAUCCGCAACAGGUACACCGCAUCAAAUACGGACAUUAUUUUCAAUUAUUGUUGCAACAUGUUUUCCAUCUGAUCCAUUGCAACUGUGGCAAAGUUAUCGUGAUUAUAUGACCGAAGAUAUCUUGAAUAGAAUGCGUCGUAUUUCUGCAAAUCAGGAAUUACUCAUUACACUGGAAAUGUAUAACGAGGCAUUGAUUAUUAUUGAAGAUAUGUGCUUAGCAGUUGCAAAUAAAUUAUUGUCACAAUUAGGUUUACCACCUCCUAAUCGAGCAAUGCAUGACGUAUUUAAUCAAGAUAUGCAACGUGAACAACAAUACGAUAUAAAUGAUCUUAACACAUUUAUAAAUUUGAAUCUGCCGAAAUUGAAUAUAGAACAAAAACAUGCAUAUGACACUAUAAUGCAAGCUAUACAAAAUAAAAGUGGAGGAAUGUUUUUUUUAGAUGCGCCAGGUGGCACCGGUAAAACGUUUUUGAUUUCGUUGUUAUUAGCGACUGUACGAUCACAAAACAAUAUAGUAUUAGCGCUUGCAUUAUCUGGAAUAGCUGCUACAUUAUUAGAUGGUGGCCGUACAGCGCAUUCCGCACUUAAAUUACAAUUGAAUAUGCAAAUUAAUGAAAAUCCAACAUUUAACAUUUCAAAAAAUUCUGGAAUGGGAAGAGUUUUGCAACAAUGCAAAUUAAUUGUGUGGGAUGAAUGUACAAUGGCACAUAAAAAAUCAGUGGAAGCAUUGGAUAGAACUUUGAAAGAUUUACGUAAUAAUCAAGAAAUAUUUGGUGGCGCUUUAAUAUUAUUGUCUGGUGAUUUUCGUCAAACUUUGCCA